GUUAGGGAGGAGGCCAGAAGCAAAGAAAAUAAUGAAGCAAGUUUUCUCAUUUUUCUUCCUCUCAUUAUUUCUCCUUCAUCCGAUCUUUAUUCAGGAGAGUGCGUGUGGAGAGGAUGCAUCUGCCGACGACAUCGUGAAAGAAACAUGUGAGAUUUGUGCACAGAAAUCGCCGCUGCUGAAUUAUGAAUUUUGUGUGACUUCGCUUGAAGCGGUUCCUGAGAGCAAGACCGCAGCAGGUUUCCAUGGUUUAGGAAUAAUCUCAUUAGAACUUGCUCAGACCAAUGCUACCGACACUAUUUUGGUCAUAAAGGAGCAGUUGAAUUACAAAGACCUGGAUGCUUAUGCAUUCCUGGGCUUGAAUGAUUGUUUGGAUUUGUACACCGAUGCAAUCAGUACGCUUGCAAAAUCUAUUGAAGCAAUCCGGUCAUAUAAUUAUGUCAACUUGAACAUUUGGAUAAGUGCAGCCAUGGAGGCAUCAACCACAUGCGAGGAUGGUUUCAGAGAAAAAGGCAGAGUUUCUCCACUGAAGAAACAAAAUUCUAACUUCUUUCAGUUGUGUGAUAUUGCACUGGUUAUUACUAAAUUGGCUUCUUCCCUUUUGCUCAAAACACAUGAGCCUGAUGAGAUUGCAGUCUAUGAUGGUUGAAUUGUUCUCAGCUCAUAAAAGUUAUUAUAAUGGUUAUCCAGUCUAGGAACGUUCAUAAGGCAAUAACCCUCUUUUAAUGUACUGGUAUUACAAACUUUGCGUAUGUAUUAUUCCAGUUAAAUUUGGCUUUCACCUUCCA